AUGACCUCUCGCUGGCCCGUGGCCGUUUUCCACAACAUCAUCGACGUGUCUUGCUACAACGCCUUCGUGCUGUGGCGAGAAAUCAAUCCGGAUUGGUUACAGCGCAAGCGCAACAAGAGAAGGCUGUUUCUGGAGCAGCUGGGACUAGCGCUCGUGGACCCUUUGAUCCGACGCAGGACCCACAUGCCCCGCGGGGCUCCGGCUUCAGCUUCCAUCGUCGUCGUCGCCUCUGCCUCCGACAACAACAACAACAAAAACAACAACUCUGCCUCCGCCUCAACCAAGAAAACCAGAACGCUUAACGAGAACGAGAACGAGAACAAAAAAGAGGACGAGGACGAGGAGGACGAAUACCAGGACGAGGACGAGGAGGAAUACGAGGACGAGGACGAGCGUCUUGUGUUGGGGAGACUACGAGAGACCCGGAAGACCCCUAUCCCCUCCAUGACCCGCAAGUCAUCCUCCAGAGGAAUUGUGAGCGGUUCACCGGCACCCUCAUCCACCUCGUCUGGUGUGUCCUCCUGCCACUGCAGCCAGAUGUCCUGUACCCUUGAACAGUCACUCCUGGCCCGCAUCGCCAAGUUGGAGAAGGCACUUGACCGCUUUGUGUUGAGGCAGCAGGAGGUCCUGGAGCGUAGUUUAAAUCCAAGGCAUUGGACCCCCAGGAUAACGUCAGACCAGCUGUCACCAGCGAGGCAUCCCCGUAAAUCUUCUGGCAUCAGGCGGCCUGGGACAGAUGAGCAGCCUGUGGAUUUGUCACCCUCAGGUGACCCAGACCCGCCACCCGACCCCGAGCCGCAGCCGGACCCAGUACGGCCGCCUGACCUAGAGCCGCUGCCAGACCCUGUCCUGCUGCCGGAACCAGUCCCUCCGCCGGACCCAGUCCCUCCGCCUGCCCCAGUCCCGCCACCGGACCCGGAUCCCAUCCCGACGCCCUCAACAUCGGCUAGCCAGACAGUCAUUGAAGCCGCCGACCAGACGCCUGGCGAUGAAGAGGCUGCUGAGGUCUCACUUGUCAAAGGCGCGCCCAUUGGGAAAAGCACUUCGGACACUUGCAUGUACGAAAAGGCCAUAGAGGACUUUCGCCAAUAUAGAGUCGGGGCCAGGCGCAAACGCAAAGACAAGGAAAAUGCAAACACGGCCGCACGCCACUGCCACGUCUUUUGCACUUACAUGUUGGGCGAGAAGGCGUGCGACAGAGAUGCUUUGAAGGACCUACGGUUCCUGACCAAUAUUGACAGAUUACGGAAAUACCCAGUCUACCUCUCUAAUAAAGGCUACGCCCCAACGAGCAUCAGGAACAUGAUGAUAAAUGCGACAUUGUUGUACAGGCAUGUGGAGCAUUCGUUCCUAAAAAAGAGCCGGUUGAAAUCAUCCGACAUCAGCCGUAUUAUGUAUGAGCUGAAAAAGAUCAGGGCUGACGUGAACAGAGAUGUGUUGCUGAGGAGGCAGAAGGUGCGCAAGGAGAAGACGGACAGUCAGGUGCCAGCCUCCCAGGAAGACAGAUUCCUCAGUGUUGCCAAGCGCCGUAUCCCAGAAUUGUUGGAAAACAUCGUGAGCGAGACGGUCAGCAACGGCAGUCAUACUCUGCUAAUGGGAUAUGCCAUGGGGUAUUUGUCGGUGCUGACGGGACACAGGUCCUCAAUCUUUACCUCAAUGCGGGUCCAGCAUGUCUUCAAUGCAGACUCCUGGGAGGAGGGCCAAAAAUGGCAGAUCCUGAUUGAAGAGCACAAAACAGCCAAGACAUUCGGUCUUGCUUCCAUUGCACUGGUGGCCGAGGAAUACAACUGGAUGAAGUUGCUGGCUGGGGGUGUUUGCUGCCCAGACGGGCCCAAAUCUCCAUUUGUGUUUCACACCGUCCUUGGUGGCAUGAUACACAAGCCAAAUUUGAUGCUUGCAUCUGCCUGGCGAGAAGUAUAG